GCUCGAAAACCUACAAGGUUCCACGUCGUCCCUUUGAAAAGGAACGAAUUGAACAAGAACUUCGCUUGAUCGGCACUUACGGUCUUCGAAAUAAGCGAGAGAUUUGGCGUGUAGCCUACACACUUUCAAAUAUUCGUCGUGCCGCUCGUGAACUACUUAUGUUGGACGACAAGGAUCCUCGUCGACUUUUUGAAGGGAAUGCCUUGAUCCGAAGGCUGGUUAGAAUUGGUGUGUUGGAUGAAUCUAAAAUGAAGCUUGAUUACGUUUUGGCUUUGAAGAUUGAAGACUUCUUGGAGCGACGAUUGCAGACCCAAGUUUUUAAACUUGGCUUGGCCAAAUCGAUUCAUCAUGCUCGUGUUCUCAUUCGACAGCGCCAUAUUCGGUAA